AUGAUUGAAAAAUCUCUCAACAUGCUUCACUACAAAAUCGACAGAGUCGUAAUUUCACCAAAUGGAGCUACAUCCCUUCAUUUACCAAAAAUAUCUCCGCUUUUUGCGAUACAUCAAAACAAACCUAACGCUAAUGUCGUUACUUUUCCACUUCCAGCAGGUAAUAUUCAAACAUUACAAGAAAAAACAACAGACCACGGUUAUGAUCCUGACGGAACAAAACUAUUAAUUUCUCGUCCACAUAAUAGAGUCGACGAUUUACCUUAUAUAUUCAACUUGCAGAAUAAACCAAUUACAGAUUUCCCUGCACACGUAUUUGGUUUAGCUUGCAGUGAAAACGGCAAAAUUAUGGCUGUUUCUGUUGAUCAAUCCGUAUGGAUAUGGCAGCAGCUACCUGAACAGCCUAAUGGCAUUGGAUGGUGGAUUGAUUUAACAGCAGACCAACGAUUUGGUAUCAAUAUCAACGCAAAUCAUUAUUUAACACAACAAGGAAGAGCUUAUCACGGUUUUAUGAAACCACGUCAAUCAUUCACAUUACAUCCAGCAAUUGCACCAACAUUACCUUCAAAUUCCGCUGUUUCUUACCAAGAUCUUGCUUUAUUCGACAAUCCUGAUGAAGGAAAAGGUGUAGUUUGUCUUACAGCAGUUCUUCCUCCAUCUCGACCAUUCGAUACUCUAUAUUUAUUCGUAUCAAUUUGCAAAUUUAAAUAUUCUUACACUCCAACUUUUGAAAGAGCCGAAGUUAUGCUUCCUAUUAUGGAAGGUGCUGGUGGCCCAUGCAUAUUCUGGAGUUUAUGCUGCAGAAUUGCUGUUGUUGCCGUAUCAAGAUCUGUUGUAAUUUUAACUCGUGAAUUACGUGUCAUUAGAAUCAUUCCUAUAGAUGAAAUAUUCGCUUCUAAAAAUGCUAUGGUUGCAAAUGUUGCUUGGUCUUGCACAGGACAGUUCUUCGUCAUCACAUCUACAAAUGGAGAAGUUUGUGCAAUCACAAGAAGUGGUAAAAACAUGCACCACCAGAUGUGCGAUCUCGCUCCAUUCCAAAGAGGAAAGGAUGUCCCUCUAAUGUUGACAGGAGACUCAAAAGAUCCAAGUAUCUUCGUAGUUUACACAAGGGAGAAGUUUAGAGUUCUCAAAAUUAAUACAGACCUUAUUCCACAGACAAUUGAAAACUUAAUGAGCCUUCAUUUCCCAUUCGGAGAUGUUGCUGAAUUAUAUGACCCAGCAGUUGCUUCAAUGCGCGAAUGUGGAUAUACAAGGAUCGAGAAUUUUGUAAGACUUAUUUAUUUAACAGACUUAUUCCGUAUUUUCCCACUUUAUUCACCAUUAAGAUACCAUUUGAUUAUGAUUUUCGAUGAAGUGACCACAAAGCUACUCGAAGAUGGAGAAGAUUUAUAUGCGUUUCUCUUCGCUCGCUGCAUUUUCAGGUUAACAGAUCAUAAAGUUCCAAUUUACGAUAUUGUCGUUGAAAGACUUGAAUGUGGUGAGAAGCAACGCGACCAAAUACUCGGCUGGAUCAUGCGCGGAGAAGGAGAUCGCAAGGAUUGGGUUGUUUCUCUCGAUAAUAAUCCAACAACGAUCUUUUACUAUGGGAUGAAGAAUGACGAUGAAGAACGAUUGAAUAUGUCCAAGCCAGAAGCACGUAGAAAUGCUGAUCUCCCUCUUAUUACUAAGAAAAUCAAGAAAUUGGUUUUCGAAGGUUCUUAUACAGACUUAAACGAGAUUGAUGUCGACAUGCGAGUUAUUUUGGAGCUCAUGAUCAUGCUUGGAUGUAUCGAUAGAGCCAUUGUCGUUGCCAGACAUAAAUCCAUCGCAUCUGAUCCAUUAAAUCUCUUCAAUAGAAUCAUUGCUUUGUUCCCCGACUCCCCCGAAUUGAUAUUCAGAGCCCUCGUUUACUGUUUACAGUUGGCUUCUCCUGAUGACGACCAAAUGAGAGCAAAUUGCAUUAAAGCAUUAUUAAAUAUGCUUAAGGCAGCAGUCGUUGACUCAAUGCCAACGAGCACAAGGCCAAGAUUGAUGCCAUUAUCAAAUCUCUGCAUGAUUGAAGAAUCAUUAGAAGUAAUUGUUCCAAGAACACAAGAAGACUUGAAAGAUUUUGCUGUUAUCACUGCUUUAGCAUUUUGUGCUGCGGAUUACAAGAACAUUGCCCUUUAUAUCAACGGAAGAUCGAAAUUAAUUCCAGAAAAAAUCAGAGAGCCGCUUAGAGAGCUAUUUGGACUUAUCUGGUUCAUCAGAUGGAGACAGACAGCCAUUAAAGAGACUGCCAGAGUCAAACAUGCAAACGAUGCAACAUUAAGGUUGCUUGCAUUCCCAGAAUUUGUAAACAAGAAGGUUGCAAUGAGCCAAAUUAAUAAUGCAGGUCCAAGGGCAUUUUCUCCUGAAGCUUAUGCUUUAUAUGUUGACGGAUCAAGAAAUUUCGAAGAUGAUCCAGCUUUCCCAAGUUAUAUGGCCGAAUGCACUAAUAGACUAAGAGAAGGAGCUUUAAGAGAUGUUCAGGAGUACGCGAUUAAGCUUGGCGAGAGAUCUCCAAAAGAUCUUCCUAAAUCAAACUUGUUACUUGCCGUUUUGGUCUCUCAUAUGGUUCCUUGGCUGAGAUGCGGUAUCCCACGUGCUCUCGCUAAGUUCCACUGUGGAGAAAACAUUCCAAACGAGUUAUUAGAGCUCGAAGACUUCACAAUUCCAGCUCUCAAGCCUAAGAAGAUGGUUCUCGAAACUAAGCCACUUGUCGAAGAGCAUCCAGAAGAGGAAUCAGAAGAUUCAGAUAUUCCGGUAAUGGAUGUUCCUCAGCCAUUGCCAGAAGAACCUGUUGAUUCUGGAUCAGGCGAGUUCAAGAUUGAUAAUGAACCACCUUCUUCUUCCUCAAUUUCAGAGCCUCCUGUUCCAAAGAAGAAGAAACAUAAACCGAAGCCAAAACAGAAAGUCAGGAAGCCAAAGAAAUCAGCUCCAGAGCCUCCAAGAGUCAGACUCCUUACUCUCGAUCCAAAUGCUGGUCAACGACAUCAAUAUGUUCCGCCACCUCCAAGUUACCAGCCACGCCCGAUGAGAUUUGGAAAUGUCUGGGACAUAGAUCCGAAUGCAUGGCAGAACAGGCCAAAACCGCAGCCACAAGCCCCUCCUCCACAACCACAACCUCAAGAACCUCGUUACGUCUUUGUUGCAUCGAGCAAGAAGGACACUUUCCCACAAAUGGAAGAGAAAUCUACAUCAUCCCUUUCAGAUUUCGAAUUCACUGCUACACAACACAGACCUAUGCCUUACGCAGACCAAUUCCCACUCGAUGAAGAACUCAAUAAACGUGUUGCAAAGGCUCUUGGAGAUUACGAUGACCUUCCAGAACCAGGAAACCUCGGAGACAAGCCUUCUUACAGAAGACCUCCUGUUUCCCUUUCAUACCAGCCUCCGGACGUUGAUAUUCCACGUAUCGACUUGAACAGGAAACAAGAGAGACCAAAGAAGGAAGACUCUUCGAUGUCAAGUGGUCCUGACUGGAAACCAACAAUCAAGAAUAUGAAAGGUAAUAGAAUUGUGGCUGUAAAGGAUGAUGAGAUGAAAAAGAAGAAGAAUCAACUUCAGUUACGUGAAAUCAAACCAAAGGGAAAUAAUUAA